GCCGCCGAGACCUGGAACCGACAUUGUACGUGUUUCCAACCGAGUCGGAAAAUGACGAACUCACUCCCCGAUUUCCAUAGCCAUCUCUCUCAAUUAACGAAGCAAAUCCUCAACUUGCUCUUGAAAACGCCAUAUACUCCUCACGAAACCUCCAGAAUCUCAACAAAAUCAACGCUCGAGUCUCUUCUCUCAACAGAAUCAUCACUCAAAGACUUCGCCUUAGGUUGCGCAUUGCUCUCCGCUUCUCGCUCCUCCACUCACGAGCUUCUCACAUGGAUCCCAGGCCACCUUUCGACCGCCGCAGAAACCGCCUUUUCCGAUCUUUCAAAAGCUUACAACGUUCCGGGCGGCGAGAAGCGAAAUUUGGCGGCGGAAUUAAUGCUUGAAAUCGUGCCAGUUUUGAAGGACAAGAUUAAUGAGAGCUCCAUCGACAAGAGUGAUGAAGCGGAUGAAUUUUCCGCCGCGUCCGCUAGGGCUCCCUUAGAUUUCGCCAUUUUGUCUGCUUAUCAAUUUAGAUGGUUUGUUUCUAAGAUUGAGUAUCCGGAUUUAGAUAAAAUGGUAAAUUUGGUUAUUCCUUGUGCACUAACUUGUCUUGAUCACUGGUCGCCGGAGGUGAAAGGGCAGGGGAUGAUUAGCUUUAUAUAUGUAGCAAGAAAUGUGAAAGCAGGGGCUCUUGAUUGGUAUGGAGACGUGAUUCUUGAUGCUUGCUGCCAGAACAUUGCUUCUGCUGAUGAGAUAUGGCAGUAUGUUGUAGAGAUGUCGGUUUUACUUGUUACUUGCAUUCAAAGAGAUGAUCCCCGUAGUCUGUGGUUUGAGAAGAUCCUGACCGAGAUGUUGAGCCAUUUGGAGAGACAACCAGGGAAUAGAGAACGACGUAUUGCAUGGCUUAAGUUUAUUGAGCCAAUCUUCAACUCUAUGGGCCUCUUGUUAUUAGUCCAUUUUGGGCGUAUUUUCCUACUGCUCUUCCAGUGGCUGCAUGUUGAUGAUGAUGAAACAGUUCUACUGGUUCUCAAACAACUUCAUACAAUUGUCUGCUUAACAUGGAUACGGAAGUCACCAUACUUUGAAAGAUUGGUAGAUGAACUUGUUGUAUUAUACAAAGAAGCGGCACUGAGAAAGGCACGUGAAGACAUUCGAACUGGUAUUCUUAAUCUACUAAUCAUGCUUCAGCAAUGCAAAGGUCUACAAUUUGAAACAGCCUGGAACAAGCACCGCAACAAUCCAAACUUGACCGCCCUCAAUCGUAAUCUAUUAGUGAGCAGAGACAGUAACAAACCUAAAGAGCAGAGUGAACUAAAGGUAGAGACAGAACCGAAGCUGGAGAAAAUUGAAAUUGAUGAUUAAACCGAGCCAAAGUUGGAGAUGAAGUCAGAGCCUUGCCAAAAGAGGUAUAAUAGAAAUCGAUGAAACUAAGCUUCAUAUUAGCUAAGACGUAGACUUGUAAAUAAAUACACUUGUGUAAGUCUCCCGUCAGUCUUUAAGAUUUUAGAAUGUGAAGAUUUUACAGUAAAUGGUCGGUUUAAUGAUGCCAUGCUUAAUGAUAUAACAUGUUUAGAUGAGCAAAUACCAACAAUAGUGUUUUGAUAGUUUCUGAACGCAUGAAUGGGACGGUAUGGAAAUUAU